GCAUUUAGCUACAAGAAGGAUGUGGAUUACAAUUGACACAAGUACAAUAGCAGAACUUACUACUGCGUAGGAGUAUUUGCUACUUGUAUGAAAAGGUGGAAGCAGAAUUUCAGUAUCCGUGUUGGCGUGUUGCUAUCAGAGAAACGAAGGUGGUAUAGUGGCUGUUGUGCAUGUGCCUAACUAUUGUUCGUACUACUACGAGUAGAGUAUCAGUAUAGUACUUAGUACUGGAGUAGUAUCUAAGUACUAGAAAGUUGGUUAACUGAUAGUGAUGUUUGGAAGAAAUGGAGAAAGAAAAGAAGAUGAUACAGCAAUUCAUGCACGUGGCUCAAUGCAUACAAACGUUUGUGACGGACUAAAUACAGGAAAUGAGCCUGAAAAUGACAAGGUCACAUUUUAGCCGAAGCAGCUUCAUCUUUACUUACUCUAGUAGUAGUACAGUAGAGAGCAACUCACUCCAAUCAUCCAGUGGGUCGAUCGGGCAGAGGAAGUAGAAAGCAGAGCAGAGGAGAGGAGAGGAGAGGAGGAAUUUGGUCGAGCUGAGCCUCAAAUUCCUGAGAAGGUGUGAGAGAUGGAGCCUCAGCUUUCGCGGUGCCCGGAGACGGCAACAGCACAGCCGGAGAAAGGAUCGGAGCCGAUCGAACGGCGACGGCCACGUUCCCCCCUCCCCUGGCUGGCCUGAACUAGAACUAGUAGUCCUAAAACUUUGGAUUUGCCUGGCCAUAGAAAGAAAUGUUCUGGUUUAUGUGGACCCUGUGCACCGCUGAGUGUUAGCUACAGGGAUAUGAUAUCCUGGAUUACAAGCAAAAAGGAUUUGAUGCCGCGGUAGCCAGAAUUUCAGUUUCAGUGUUACCGUCGGAGAGAUGAAAUGAAGGCAGUACAGUGAAGUGAGUGGCUGGUGUGAGUGCUUGGCCCGCGAAAUGUACCAUUAGGAUGACAUAAAACCAUACUAGUAGUAACAUGAUUCAAACCUGCUUGAGAGAGUGAUGUUUGGAAGAAAAAAUAAAAUAAAAUAAAAUGUAGAAAAAACUAGUCGAGGAUGAAAUAAUUGAUGAUGCAUGUGGGUGAAUGCGAUUUGUGGAUUGAAGGAUGGAUGUAAACGUUUGUGAGCGAUAUAUAUUGGAUGCAGGGAAUGAACCUGAAAAUGACUUGUAACAUUUGCCUGGCAGCCGGCGGCUUGAUCUUUACUGAGGACGGAGGAGGAAUUACGUUAGCUCGAGAGAUAGAGAGACUACUCCUGCAGGGAAGUGAGGCGAGGAGGAAGAACGAAGCAAUUAAGCAGGAAGGAAGGAGAGAGCAACAGCGCAUGUAUUGUAUGCAGCCGGAGCGCCGAGGAUGCGGCGGCGCCGGCAUUGGGGCAGGAGAAAGAAGAGGUCGUCCAACGGCGGAGACGGAGACGAUUGAUUGGGUUCCCGAUGGGCCGUUUCUGACAUUCAGCCCACGGCCCAAAAACCACCCUCCAUCGUGCCGCUCUUCUUCCUGGGCCGAACGCUCUCCCAUCUCUUCUCUUAAAAGAAAGCCCACCGUUAUUUGUCUGUCCAUCGAGAGGAUUUUAGUUUUUUUUUUGUUUUCUCGGAGAAAAAUGUAGAAUUUUUUGUUUCAGAACAAAAUGCUUGCGAAAGAACGAAAAUUGAAGGAGAAAACGAAGGACUGAGACAAUUGAAGGAGACGUCCGAUUUGUAGUUUGCCUGUACUAGUACGGUAUG